ACAAGAUAUUCUACCCUAAGGGUCAGUUAUUCAAAUGUUCAUAAGCUUAGUUAAAUUCACCUCUGAAUUAAAGAAACAGUUAAACACAACAAAUCGUUGUGGUCGACAAAUCAUACAAUAAAAGUCAUGAAAUAAAAGUCAUCAUUAUUUAGUGGAGUUCUAUACAGAGGGUGGAUGAUGGUAUUACAAUUCUAUUUGGAGGGCGAUCUAUGGCUACACUUGUAUUACAGGAAGGACAUAAUUACCAAUCAGCAAUAUUCUUCUAUCUUUUCACUCCACAACCAAAUGGAUCAAGCUUUGCUGGUGUUCACAGGACUGUGCAGAUUGAUGUUUUGCCAGAAUAGGACGGUGUAAUAAUUGACCUACAUAGUUAGGGUCUACAUUCUCAUUUCAGAUUGUUCUAUGGCAAAUGUUCGGAUACACAGCAAUUCAAUAUCUUCUCUUUGAAAUUUUUAUAGACGUCUGAAGAACGAGAACAAGUAUAAAUACCAUUCCGUAAUUCUCCAUCAUAUCUUCAUGGAGCACCACAAUCUAAUUCAAAGUUCUCAGGAUUAACUCAGAUGUCACAUAUCAGUAUAAAUAUAAAUGGAGGAAGCAAUGCGCCGAAAAACCUAUUCGGUCCAGGUUCCAUUGAAAUAUUCACUAUUUCAGCAUAUAAAGAAAGGUCAAAUGCCAGCCUUAAGAAAUCAAGAUUAUAGGAAACUAUGAUUACUUGAUUUGUGAUAUCUAUUGAUACUAUGAUUGUAUUGUGCUUGUAAUAAAUAAAUUUAUAAAUAAAUGUCAUACAUCAACCUCAGAAAUUUUGAAUAUUUUCAUGGGUUUCUUGAAACUAACGUAAAAAUCAAUGAAAGCGAGCAGUGAUGAAAGUCAUCUGUGUGAUUGAAAAGUUAUUCAAAUGAUUGAGAACAAUUUUUUAAUAUCUUAACAAUGAUCUUUAUGUGUUUAACACACAUCGAAAAACGUUUUAAUUUCGAGCUUCAAACUGAUUGAAAAAUUUUGAAGACGUGAAGUUCAACGAAAUCAUCUUUUUUUCACGAACUUAUCAUCAGGCUGUACAGUCGUGUAUGGAUAUGAAAAUCAUUUGUCGCAAUACACGUUCCGUGAGAACGUACAAACUGUGAAUAGUCAUGAUUACGUAAUCGACUGACUGCAC